AUGGACAACCUUACGGCUGAGCUGUCAAACUUCACGGCCAGCUCGCCAACGGCCGGACAGCUGGCUGGCGCCGUCAUGUCAACACUGCUGGUGCACCUCGUUACCGCGGCAACAAGUGGUUCCGGGACGUCACCACCAGCGAGUACCACCAGUCAGGAUCAACCGGCGAACAUCACGGAGCUGGCAGGACCAAACGGGACCGAGCCUAAUUUAUGGUUCGUAACCUCGUUAGCCCUCUCGUCUCGAUCGCAGCAACACCAGCAACCAUUGCACCAUACGACAGCGCCAGGUGCCGGUUCCGAGGGUGGCUCGGGAGGUUCGAGGGCUGGUGAGGUGUCCCCAGUGACCCUCUCGACCGAGUGGCCGCGGCUCGCCCGGUUGUUGUUGCUCGCCUGCCUCUCGGUCGUCGGCAGCAUCGGCAACGUCUUCAUGAUAUCGUCCGUCAUGAUUGAGGACCAUCUGAAGAAAGCAGGCAAUGCAUUCAUAGUGAAUAUAGCGCUCGCAGAUUUACUUAUCACUAGCGUAGUGAUGCCAGCGUCCACCAUCGUCCUGCUGGCUGGCAUCGACAAUUCCGACACGGAAGUAUGCAAAUUUCACUGGUUCUUAGCUGCUUGCUCGUUUUUGGUUAGCAUUUUAACAUUAGCCAUGAUGGCGGUUGAGAACUACCUUCGUCUGUGCACGUUCCAGAACGAGCGCAGCUGGUUCAACAGGACGAACACGACCGCGAUCCUGCUGCUAAUCUGGGCCGCUGCUUGCAUCGCGUCCGGCAUGCAGUUCGUGUACGACAUCCGGUUCAACUACUGCAACUGGCGAGCCCGCCAGGCGGACAUUCCGCACGAGGCGGGAGUAGUCGGUCUGCUGGUAUUGUUGCCCCUGCUGCUCACCUUCAUCACGCAUAUCCGCAUCAUCGUGGACGUGAAACGCACGAUGGCACUGCCCAACUUUAAGCCAAGCCUCGCCUACACCUGGGAUCUGUCGCUGGCGCGUACCAACUUCUACAGUUUCCUGCUGUUCGUUGUCUUCUGGCUGCCAUUCUGCAUUAUCUUCGCGUACGGCACAGCUCGGUCCGUCUCGAACCGCGUCUUCUACACAACCGUCUGGAUUGGGCUGUCGAAAUCGUGCUUUCACAACGUCAUCUACUGUCUCACGAAUCGCCACUUCCGGAGCGCCUACAUCAGCCUGUUCAACUACUGCUGUUGCAAGACGACGGUGGCCGUGUCCCGACGCCAACGUGCCGACGGUAACCGACCAACGGCGGAUGUACGUGUCCACAUCAUACCCGGCUACAACAUGUACUCGUACACGAGCCCACAACGGGCUGGCAACUGCCAUGGCCACUGGGGCAAGCGCGAUUGUCACGAGUUAUGAUCGGAGACGUAGCUAAAUUAAUCGCACCGCUCCUUGGGUUGGACGCGGGCCGAUUAAUUUAACGCCGCCAAAAACCGCCAAACGACAUCGUCCUUUCGCUCUAUCGCCCCAC